AUGCCAAGAACUCCUACCGUUAAAGAAAAUCAGAAAAGAACUACUUCUGUUAAAAUACUAGAUGAUGAUGAUGAUGAUGAUGAUGAUGAUGAUGAUGAUGAUGAUGAUGAUGAUGAUGAUGAUGAUGAUGAUGAUGAUGAUGAUGAUGAUGAUGAUGAUGAUGAUGAUGAUGAUGAUGAUGAUGAUGAUGAUGAUGAUGAUGAUGAUGAUGAUUAA